AGAGCAAAAAGAGGCGAGCAAACGACUCCCGGAAGUGACGUUUGACAACACCUCUAGCACGUAGUAAUGACACUAAAAGUCUUGUAUUCACAUUCAUCUGAUUUUACAUUGAUCGUUUUCUUUGAUCAUAUGGUGAUUGUCAACCAAUCCGUAUAAGGGCAGGUAACUAUGGGUAAGGGUUGUAAGGUUGUGGUUUGUGGUAUGGCAUCUGUGGGGAAAACAGCCAUCCUGGAGCAGUUACUGUAUGGCACUCACACUGCAGGUGGAGAAACAAACGACACUCAGGAGGAUAUAUAUGUGGCCUCUGUCGAGACGGACCGUGGUGUGAGAGAGCAGUUACGUCUCUAUGACACAAGAGGGCUGCGUGAGGGACUGGAUUUACCCAAACACUUCUUCUCUGUGGCGGACGGCUUUGUGCUGGUCUAUAGUGUGGACAGUCUGGAGUCAUUCAAAAAAGUCGAGCUCUUGAAGAAGGAAAUAGACAAGUCCAGAGACAAAAAAGAGGUGAUGGUGAUCGUGUUGGGGAACAAGUUUGACCUGCGGGAACGUCGACAGGUGGACCAAGAUGCUGCCCAGCAGUGGGCACGUGGGGAGAAGGUCAAACUUUGGGAGGUGACCGUGACAGACAGAAGCUCAUUAAUCGAACCCUUCACCAGCCUCACCAGCCGCCUCACACAGCCACAGAGCAAGUCUGCCUUUCCUCUGCCUGGCCGCAAGAGCAAGGGAACCCCCUCCAACGACAUCUGAACACCACACACUGCCACAGUUUUAGCACUAUGUUUGGUUGUCUAUACUUCUUUCAGGGUACUUAAGACGUUUAAGGACUUUUAGAGAAAGAGCUAGGACUAGAUCUAUUUAAACACAAAUAAAUGCACUGAUUUUUUA